UUUACGUUUCUCACAUCAAUCCCGCUUCCAAUUCCAACACCGCAGAGUCACACAACCCAAUCGCAAUGGCACCGGAAUCGGAGGUACCCCCUAACUUCUGGGGCCACAUGCCGGAAGAGGAAUACUACACCUCCCAAGGAGUCCGCAACACCAAAUCCCACUUCGACACUCCCCACGGCAAGAUCUUCACCCAGUCCUUCAUCCCCCUCCACACCCAAGUCAAAGCCACCGUCUUCAUGACCCACGGCUACGGCUCCGACACCGGCUGGCUCUUCCAGAAGAUCUGCAUCAACUUCGCCACCUGGGGCUACGCCGUCUUCGCCGCCGACCUCCUCGGCCACGGCCGCUCCGACGGCCUCCGCGGCUACCUCGGCGACCUCGACAGCGUCGCCUCCGCCUCGCUCUCCUUCUUCCUCCACGUCCGCCGCAGCGAGUCCUACUCCGCCCUUCCGGCCUUCCUCUUCGGCGAGUCCAUGGGCGGGCUCGCCACCAUCCUCAUGUACUUCAAAUCGGAGCCGGAGGUAUGGACCGGGCUGAUCUUCUCCGCGCCGCUGUUCGUGAUCCCGGAGGACAUGAAGCCCAGCAGGGUGCAUCUCUUCCUCUACGGUCUCCUGUUCGGUGUUGCUGACACUUGGGCAGCCAUGCCUGAUAACAAGAUUGUAGGGAAGGCCAUUAGGGAUCCCCAGAAGUUGAAGGUCAUUGCCUCGAACCCCAGGAGGUACACGGGCCCACCUAGGGUUGGCACCAUGAGGGAGCUUCUCAGGGUUACACAGUAUGUGCAGGAUAAUUUCUCCAAGGUGACCACGCCGUUUCUUACGGCUCACGGUACUGCUGAUGGUGUCACGUGCCCUUCGUCGUCGAAGCUUUUGUAUGAGAAGGCUUCCUGUGAGGAUAAGACCUUGAAGCUUUAUGAUGGGAUGUACCAUUCUUUGAUUCAAGGGGAGCCUGAUGAGUCCGCGAACCUUGUGUUGGGGGAUAUGAGGGAGUGGAUUGAUGAGAGGGUUCGAAGGUAUGGGCCUAAGAACAAUUCUCAAUGAAGAAUUUGUCAUGUAUUCGUAUUUUUAUUUCCCUGAUUGGGACUCAACAGUUGGUUAAAGAUGAAUGAAACUAUCUAUUAUAUCAA